AUGUCGACGACGAAGGAGUUGGACGCGAAGAUCAAGGCGGUGCACGCGAAGAUAGAGUCCGGUCUCAAGGAUGACGCGAAGAUCUCCGGCGACCCCGCGGACGCGACCGCGCACCUGAAAGCCGUCACGAAGAAGAUGGCCGAGAGCAAGGUCCUCAUCAAGGAGUACGAGCGCGUCGCGAAGGAGGACCCGAGCGCAGACUUGGACGCCAUCGCGGACCGAAAGCGCGACUUCGUGAAGGAGCUGAACCGGUACGUGAACCAGAAGAAGUCGCUCCAGGCGGACAUCGCCGCGAAGGCGGCGAUGGCGGACGAUAAAGCGCCGGAAGCCGCGGCCGCGGGUUUCGCCGCCGCCGCGGCCGCGAAGGCGGCGUCGAGCGGGAAGGACGCGGGCUCGGGCGAAAAAGGCGGAGUAGGAAAGAGGGAAGAGCCCGCGAGCGAGAUCUCGCCCGCGGAGGACGCCGCGCUCCCGCCGAUGCCGCCGCCGCCGCCGACGACGUCGAAGAAGAAGAAGAGAGGCGAGGUGGUCGAACCCACGGACGUGGAGCUGCAAACGAUGGAGAUGGCGCAGGUGGUGGACUACGGACGGAGUAAGAUGCGCGAGACGGAGGAGAGCGUCGCGCGGUCGCGGAAACAAGUCGCGCAGACGAUCGAGUUGGGGACGCUCACCGCGGCGUCGCUCUCGAAGCAGACGGCGCAGAUGGAGAAGGUCGUGGACGACUUGGACGAGAUUCACUUCUCGCUGAAGAAGUCCAUGAAGGUGAUAAAGUCGCUGACGAAAGCCUUGGCCACGGACAAGUGCAUCAUGACGUUGAUGUUCAUAAUGACGUGCGGGAUCGUCGCGGUGAUCAUCGUCAACGUGACGGGGAUCACCGACGACGACGACGCGCCGCCGCCGUCCCCGGAGCCGCCCGCGCGACGGCGGCUGCUGGUCGCCGCGCCGCCGAGUUUGCACGCGGCCGGGGGUGGGGCGUGGGAGAGGUGGGGCGGCGAGGAAGGCGACGGCGACGGCGGGUGGUUCGGGAAGGCGUAUCGCGACGCCGCCGCGGCGAGGGACGCGCGGUUAUGAUCGUGAAGACGUCACCAGAGAAUUCGUUC